AUGAGCUCCAUCAGCUCUCUCGAGCGGUGGCUCGAGCGAUUCUCGAAUCGCUUGCGGCGCUGUCUGCCACCCCUAAACUUCAUCACUAUUUAUUAUGCUUACUUCAUCCUCGUGUGUCUCAUCACGUCUGUCAUCUUCUGGGGCUCAUCCGAUCCUGCAUUUUCGGUCAGCUACACCGAUAGCCUCUUCCUCGUUGUGUCUGCUAUGACCGAGGCAGGCCUCAACACCGUCAAUCUCAGCCAACUAACGACUUGGCAACAAACACUCCUGUUUAUUCUAUUGCUCUUAGGCAGCACCAUUUGGGUCUCCAUCUGGACCGUCUUGGCCCGCAAACAUGUCUUUGAGAAGCGCUUCGAUGAGAUUGUCCGAGCCGAGCGUGCGCGUAAACUCAGUCGCCAGGGCAGUACCAUUUCGCCAAGUUUGCCGCGCUUGCCUCUCGACUUGCCCAGGCUGCAAAUGGCGCUCUCCUUUGGAAGAUCUCAGACAGCCCCCCCUCCUCUUCUAGACCAGUCCAUGAACGCAACAAAGACUGGCGACUCGGAGAAGGGCGAUGUUCGCCCAGACGACGAGCGAGCGGAUGCUGCCAAAGCUGCAAGCAUAGAUCGCCAGCCUACGCUCAAUGAUGCGCCCGAAGGUACAGGCUCACAGGCACCGGGCCACAUCACCUUUGACGAAGCACCGCACCCCAAUGUCACCGACGAAGUCACAUCGACGGGAGUCUCUCUCUACGGCAACAUGAACGGAACGGCGCGUCCAUUGAGGAGGCCCUACAAUGCGCCAGCAGAAUCGACCAAUUUCGAAAUAGAUGCUCGCAAUUUCUUGAAGCACCGUUCAGCUGGCCGCCACGGCCAAUUCCACGACCUAAGCAGCGAUGAGCGCGAUCACCUCGGCGGCUGCGAGUACCGUGCCCUCAAGGUCUUGGCCAUGUUGGUACCAGCCUACUUCUUCCUAUGGCAGGUUCUGGCAUGUCUUGCCCUUGGGGCUUGGAUGAACAACUACAUGCCCGAUACCGCGAGGGCUAACGGUAUCAAUCCGUGGUGGCUUGGUAUCUUUAACGCUGUCUCUGCCUUCAACAAUUCGGGCAUGUCGCUGCUGGACGCCAACAUGAUUCCUUUCCAACAGGCGCCGUACGUUCUCAUCACCAUGGGUCUCUUGAUAUUAGCGGGAAAUACCGCGUACCCCCUCUUCCUUCGUCUUAUCAUUUGGUCCUCUCUUCGCCUCCUGAACUUGGCCACGCGAGAAGACGCCUUUAUCGACCUGAAAGCUACCCUAAACUUCAUCUUGAAGUAUCCGCGCCGCGUCUAUACCAACCUCUUUCCUUCUCGACCCUCUUGGUGGCUUUUAUUCAUGCUGAUCUGGCUCAACUGUGUGGACUGGGUGGCCUUUGAGGUUCUCAACAUUGGGAACUCGGUCAUCGAGCAGAUACCCACAGGCUACCGAGUGCUCAAUGGUCUCUUUCAAGCACUUGCUGUGCGUUCCGGAGGCUUCUACGUCGUCCCUAUCUCAAGUCUAUUCAUCGGCCUACAGCUUCUCUACGUUAUCAUGAUGUACAUCUCGGUUUACCCCGUUGUCAUCACAAUGCGCCACUCUAAUAUUUACGAGGAGCGGUCACUUGGCAUUUAUAGCGACGACGUGGGCAGCACAUCCGAGAUCGACCCCGAGGUGGGCACUCCCCUGCUUCCGAUAGGUAGUCGGCCUCCGACAUUGGCACGCACCACUAGCAUUGGCGCUGCUUCUGCCCGGCCCUCUGUAUUAGCACGUCGCCUGAGCCGUUCGGGACCGGUAACCGAUGCCCGCCACGCACUCAAGAGCACGUUCAUGAGCUUUCAUGGUGUUGGUGUUACGCCGCCGAAAGGACCGGGACUCGGCCAGAGCGGCAGCGAGCAAGGAGAGAGCCGUGUCAGUUUCAUCAGUCACCAAAUACGCGGACAGCUUGCCCAUGACCUUUGGUGGUUGGUCCUGGCUGUGCUGAUUAUCACCAUUAUCGAGACGUCAAAGUUCAUCAAGGAUCCCGUGACCUUUUCGGUAUUCAACAUCAUAUUUGAAGUCGUCUCUGCAUACGGUACGGUAGGAAUAUCGGUCGGCCUACCCACUGAUGCGUUCAGCUUCUGCGGCGCCUGGCACGUCGGCAGCAAGCUCGUUCUGUGUUUGGUGAUGCUGCGUGGCAGGCAUCGAGGGCUGCCUGUGGCGUUGGAUCACGCGGUGCGGCUUCCAGGCCGGCAGCUCCAUCGGUACGAAGAGGAGGACCAUCAGAUACGGAGGAGCAGAACGAUUGAAUUAGAACGGUAG